AUGAAUGAGAUCAUGAGGAGCGGAGGAGAGCUCCCAUUUCAUCCCAUUUCGGCGGAGGUGGUGUCCUUGCUGAGGCUGAGGCUGAGACAGUGCUCCAACCUUAAACACGUAGAGCAAGCUCAUGGAUUUAUGGUAGCCGGAGGCCUUCAUCAGGACAACCGAACCCUUCCCCGAUUCAUCCAGGCCUGCUCUUCUCUUGGCUUCUCAGAUUACGCCUAUUCCGUCUUCACCCGCACCCAUGGCCAGCCAAGCAUUUAUCUCUAUAACACCAUCAUCAAGGCCAAGGCUCUCUCUCCCUCUCCCUCCCACGCCAUCUCUCUUUACAACAGAAUCCAACUCGCCGCCUUGCGCCCUGACACCUACUCCUUCCCUUUUGUGCUCAAGGCCGUCGUUCGCUUGGCUCCGCCUCAAGUUCAACGACUGGUGGGCGCACAGAUUCACUGUCAUAUCAUAGGAAUUGGCUUUGACAUGGAUGCAAGCGUCCUCACUGCCCUCAUUCAUAUGUAUUCCUCUUGUGGAUGUGUUUCCGACGCCCGCACACUCUUUGACGGAGCUACUGCGUUUGCCUUUGCCUUUAGGGAUGUCGCCCUCUGGAACGCAAUGAUUGCAGGAUAUGCCAAGUCAGGUGAUGUCGACAAUGCCCGCCAUUUGUUCGAACUUAUGCCCCCUAGGAUUAGGAAUGUCAUUUCUUGGACUGCCCUGAUUGCCGGAUAUGCUCAGGUGAACCGCCCCCACGAGGCCAUCACAGUCUUCCGGAGAAUGCAGCUUGAGAAUGUUCAGCCUGAUGAGAUAUCCAUGUUAGCCGCACUCUCUGCAUGUGCCCAUUUAGGGGCUCUCCACUUGGGGGAGUGGAUCCAUAACUAUAUUGAGAAACAUGAAUUUCGUAAGCUGGUUUCUCUCAAUAACGCACUUAUCGACAUGUAUGCCAAGUCAGGCAACAUAACAAAAGCCCUUCAAGUUUUUGAAAAUACUAAAUGUAAAACUGUCGUAACUUGGACGACCAUGAUUGCUGGACUGGCUUUGCAUGGUCUCGGAAGAGAAGCCCUUGAAAUGUUUGCUCAAAUGCAAAGGGUUAAAAUCAAGCCUAACGAUAUCACUUUCAUUGCCAUCCUUUCUGCUUGUAGCCAUGGUCGAUUGGUUGAGAUAGGCUUUUGGUAUUUUAGCAUCAUGGUUUCCAAGUAUAGGAUUAAACCCAAAAUUGUGCACUAUGGCUGCAUGAUAGAUCUACUCGCGCGUGCCGGUUAUCUUCAAGAGGCACACGAAUUGGUUAGACAGAUGCCAUUUGAAGCAAACGCAGCUAUAUGGGGUUCUCUUCUUGCCGCUUCUAAUAUUCAUGGGGAUGCGGAGCUUGGACAACAUGCUUUGCAACAUCUAAUAAUGCUAGAGCCCCAUAAUAGUGGAAAUUAUGCACUUUUGUCUAAUGUAUAUGGUUCUCUGGGUAGGUGGAAUGAAUCGGGCAUGCUAAGGAAAGUUAUGAGGGACACAGGUGUGAAGAAGACUCCAGGAAGGAGUUCCAUAGAAGUGAAUAACAGAGUUCAUGAAUUCAUUGCAGGAGACAAAUCCCACUUUGAAUGCACUAGGAUAUAUGAAGUCCUGUAUAAGAUUUUCAGGCAGUUGAAGCUGGCUGGACAUCUGCAACAAGAUUUUGGGGAGCUGCUUGAAUUUGCUGAAUAG